GACCUGCACCCCCGCGGAAUUGCCGUCAGUGCUGCUGAGCAGUGUGUCUCCCUGCACUCACGCUCUUGGAGGAAGGAAAGAGAACUUCCUCUUUAAAGCUUCGUAUUACUAAGUAAGGAGGAUUUCUGAUGGGCGGAGUUUUCCCUUGAGCAGCCUAGAUAAAGGCUUGCAGGAUUUACAGACCUCUCAGACUGCAAUCAGCAUGAACUGCAGCCUGCCAAACAAAGUGCUGCUCAGCUAUGCGAUGGCUGGACUGCAGGACAGGUUGUGCCUUCAGCCUCUUUGGGACUUUGUCAUAGCCAAGGAGCAACUGAUCAAGUCACCCUUUUUCCCAGUGCUGUUUUCUUUUACAGCAUAUAUGGCUUUCUGUCUUCCAUAUAUUACAUUGGACUUUUUAAGCACUAGACUACCAAACCUGAGAAAAUACAAAAUCCAGCCGCAGAACUAUCCAACUCUUGGAAUGAUGGUGCCUUGCCUUAUUCAAAGUGCAUAUCACCAUGUUGUCUUGAUCUUUCCGGUGACACUUCUCCACUGGUGCUGCAGACCAAGGAACCUACCAGUGAGAGCUCCAGAGCUGCCUGAGGUCCUGCUAGAAGUAGGAGCUUGCCUGCUUCUGUUCGAUUUUGAGUACUUCCUGUGGCAUUUGCUUCAUCACAAGGUGCCUUGGCUCUACAAGACCUUCCACAAAGUGCAUCACAAGCAUGUGUCAACGUUUGCUCUUACUACACAGUAUUCCAGUGUAUGGGAAUUGCUCUCAUUGGGAUUUUUUGCUGCCAUUAACCCAGUGUUUCUCCAAUGCCAUCCUUUGACAGAGAUUAUUUUCUUCCUUGUAAACAUUUGGUUGUCAGUGGAGGACCAUUCAGGAUAUGACCUUCCAUGGUCAACUCACCGACUUGUGCCUUUUGGUUUGUAUGGAGGAGCACCACAUCAUGAUCUCCAUCAUCUGAAGUUCAAAUCAAACUAUGCUCCUUACUUCACCCAUUGGGACAAACUCUUCGGGACAUUUACAGAAUCACAUUCCAGUUAAGGAUAUCUACCUGUGGGUGAACUUUCUAUUUUUUAUAGACUAAACGGAAACAUUACUUUUUCAAAGACAUACAGAAGAUUGUAUAUUUGAAGCUGCCUAUGAAAACAAUAGCUAUUUAUAAGAAAUCAUUUUAAUAUAUGUGGGUUUGUGUCUGUACUUGGAACUGCCUGUGUAAACCACUGUAGAUGGUAAAUAUGUUUUGCUUAAGUUUGAGUCAAAGGUGUAAGGGAAGCAUUAUGAGACAUUCUCCCUUCUUUCCUUCUUUCCAGCUUUCAUAAAGCCUGUAUUGCAAUGGUGUUUUAUAUGUGCACCAAAGCCAUUAUCUUACUGUUGUAGGAUGACUUGUGAUGUAAACAGAAAAGAUGGAUUUUGUGGAGUUUUAAUCUGCCAGAGAAUAUUGUUGCACAGUGACUUUGUAAAACAUUGCUGCCAAACAAAGCUAGUUGGCUAACUGCAAUAAUUUUGAUAUUUAUGUUUUAAACAUUGAUGUACUGUCUAGUUUAAUAGAAAAUAAACAUCAUCCUUCUUAUGAAA